AUGAUUCAAUUAAAGACGAUGCUUAACUGCAUCGACAACUCGGGCGCCGCCCUCGUCGAAUGCGCCCUGGUCGUUGGUCAAAAGCGGCAUGCUCGCAUAGGUGACCGGAUCGUCGUUGUCGUCCAGGAACAAAGAGGUGCUUCGUCCUCUGGUAUGGCGGGCAUCUCAGCCGCCGCCAAGGUCAAACGCGGCGAUAUUCGACACGCCGUUGUAGUGCGAACCAGAUACCCUACUCAGCGACGUGACGGAUCCGUGGUCCGCUUCGACGACAAUGCGUGCGUCUUGCUCAACAAGUCUGGCGAUCCGGUGGGAUCACGAAUCAAUGGUGUCGUUGGCGCAGAGUUGAAGAGGAAGAAGUGGAGCAAGAUUUUGUCCAUGGCGCCUAUGCAAGCAUAA